AUGUUGUACCGGGCGUAUUACCGGCAGAGCGGCGCGCAGCUCCUGCAGGACGCCUUGGCGCUGGUCUUCGGCCACGACUACGACGGCGCCGACCCGGCGAACCGGCUCGCCCUGCACAACAACUUCGCCCGCUUCAAGGCCAGCGUCGGCGCGGCCCUGGCGCGGGGGAUGCGGAGCUACGACGACUUCGCCCGGCUCUCGGCGCGGCCGGCGCCGCUGCGGAGCGCCUACCUGGCGGGGUGCCUCGCGCAGCACGUGAAGCCGAAGCCGCGGGUGCUCGACGCCCUGCAGGACCGCGCCGAUCGCGCGAUCACGACGCUCGCGCUCUCGCGGAUCCACCUGCAGGACCGCGGGCUGGGCGCCCUGCUCGGGAUCCUGCCUCGGCUUUCCCACCUGCGGGAGCUGGAGAUGAGCGGGAACCUGCUCGGCGACCCCGCCGUCCAGAUGCUCGUCCCCGCCCUGCGCUUUCACCCUACCCUCGAGGCGAUCGACCUCUCGCAUAACCCGUUCACGGACGCGAGCCUGGAGGAUUUGUUGGGCCUCGUGCGCACCAUCCCUAAUCUUCGUCGGCUGCACCUCGACGUCUGCCAACUCUCGCGCGAGGGGCGGCAGAUGGUCGAGGCGGAGUUGACCCGCCCGAGGUCCCAUUGUCCCUCGGAGGGCACUCUUAGUUGCCCAUCCGACGAAUUGAAAGGGCUCCAGACCUUUUCCCAAGACCCGAUCUAG